GUCAGAGUCACCGUUGUGCUGUGCUGUUGGCCGGGAGCAGUCUACGAGAGGAUGAGAUAGACAGAAGCAGGUCUUGAGAAGAGCUCUUUUCGAGAGAUGAGCGGUCUCUCUUGUGUUUAUGCUGUUUCUGUACAGCUUCUGGGUGCCAGCAGACCAGCAAAGACCAGCAGACAGACAUGAGCGUCAAGAUUACCGACAAAAUUGCCUCUCUCAAGAAGGAUGAGCCGUUCUUCUCGUUGGAGUUCUUCCCGCCAAAGACAGACAGCGGUAUGAGGAACCUGUAUGCCCGGUUGGGCCGGAUGUCCCUCUUGGGACCGCUGUUUGUGACGGUGACGUGGGGUGCAGGCGGGACGACCGCCGAGAAGACCACGGACUUGGCGGUUACGUGUCAGCAGGACUUGGGGCUGACGACGUGCAUGCACUUGACGUGCACGAACACCCCGAAGGCGGUGAUUGACGAGGCGUUGAACAAGGCCAAGGCUUGUGGCAUUCGGAACAUCCUUGCCUUGAGAGGCGACCCGGCACGGGACACUAGUGUGUCGCACGGAAUAGGGGAGUUUGGGCACGCCGUUGACCUGGUGAGCUACAUCAGAGCGCAGUACGGCGACUACUUCUGCAUCGGUGUUGCCGGCUAUCCUGAGGGCCAUGCGGACGGCUCUCUUGAGGAGUUGCAGCAGGAUCCAAAAAAAGACCUGCCUUACUUGGUGGAGAAAGUCAAGGCGGGCGCCGACUUCAUCAUCACGCAGCUCUUUUUCGACGUGAGCAAGUUCAUAGAGUACGAGGACCUCGUCAGAUCUCAGCCAGAGCUCGAAAACAUUACAAUAAUUCCCGGCUUGUUGCCCAUCAACGGUUACAACAUUUUCCAGCGGGCCUCCAAGUUGUCCCACGCGUCGAUCCCCAAGGCUCUACUAGAUCAGUUUCCACCAGAGAUCCAGAACGAUGACGACACGGUGAAGGAAAUCGGUGUCGACGUUUUGGUGAAGAUGAUUGACCAGAUCUACGAAAGAAAGGACAACCACAUCAAGGGUAUACACUUCUACACUCUCAACUUGGAAAAGUCCAUUGCACAUAUCAUCAACAAAUCAAAAUAUUUGUCCAAGGUCGUUGCCAAGAAAGAAGUAGAGCUCGAACAGGAAGAGUCAUCCUCUGACGAAGAAAUCGACGACUCGAUAACUUCAGCAAAACGAGCAGCAUAUGCAGACAGAUUCAACACGACGAACAAAGUAAUCAGUGAUGCAAAGGCAGUCCACGAUGUCAGAAUGACCACUUCUCCAUCUUCCCAGCUCAAAAAGUUGAUUUCAAUUAGUGCCGGACACGGCGUGUUGGGUAAAGACGCAACGUGGGAUGAUUUCCCAAACGGUCGUUUUGGUGACUCCAGAUCUCCUGCCUACGGUGAGAUAGACGGUUAUGGUCCUUCGUUGAAGGUGUCAUCCACCAGAGCAUACGAACUCUGGGGGUACCCAACAAAGAAGGAAGACAUCUCCAAGUUGUUCAUCAACUAUCUCCUCAAAAAACUAGACUGUUUGCCAUGGUCGGAGUUGAGUUUGAGCCCCGAAACCUCCCUUAUUCAAGAAGAGUUAAUCAACUUGAACGAAAAAUUUUACUUUACCGUUGCCUCUCAACCGGCAGUAAACUGCACAACUAGCAAGGACAAAAUAUUGGGCUGGGGACCUUCGAAUGGGUUUAUUUACCAAAAGGCCUUUGUUGAAAUGUUUGUUUCCAAAAAAGAAUGGAACGAGCGUCUGCUUCCGAAAUUGGAUGCUUGUGGAAGUUUAGUCAGCUACUAUUACGCUGAUAGCAAAAAGGAGUUCAAAACUAACUUGCCGUCUAACGCAUCAAACUGUGUUACUUGGGGUGUCUUCCCAAACAGAGAAAUCUUGCAAACCACCAUCGUUGAAGAAGAAUCUUUCAAAGCUUGGACAGAAGAAGCGUUUGAGAUCUGGAAAGAGUGGAAACUUUUGUAUCCAAAGAACAGCGACUCUGCAAAGCUAAUAGACAGCAUUUUAAACGAUUAUUACCUUGUGACAGUACUCCAUCAUGAUUACCCGAAUGAAGCGGCGCUUUGGGAAUUGUUGUUGGAAGAUUAAUAAAUAUUUAUAGUAUACAUUUUAUCUAUCUAUAUAUAGCCAUAUAUAGCAAUUUGCUACCUGUCAAUGAAAUAGAAUUUACGAUCAAUACUU